UAUUAUUCUGCGCUGCCUUCUCUCUUGGGGCAAAGGGGCAACAGCACACUACCGUAUCUGUGCCUGGUUUGCCAGGGCUUUUAAAAAAUGUCAUCGCCACUGUGCCAGUCUGUUUGCGCAUAGCCGAGAUAUGGCGUUUCUGGUUUACUUUUGUAAAGGUGUGGGCUGGGAACAAUAGGGAAGUUGAACAAACACUUUAAGUGGUAGUUUUUACUAAAGCACACGUCUCUCUCAGUCAUUUGAGCUGCACACAGGUGAGGUGGAAAGGCGGUCAGAUUGCUUUUAAUAAAGGUCGGAUUUGCGCGCACUGGCUUUCCUGUCAACCUAACCUAGUUGAGCCCUUUGAAUGGAUGAACCCAAAAUCUGUCCUGUGACCAGCUUCUACCAAAGGAUCCUUCUGCCAGCCUCCUACAGCCUCGUGUUUCUGCUGGGUCUGGCGUUAAACGGCGCCCUGUUGUGGCGCCUGCGCUUCCGGGCGCGCCGCGCUUGCAGCACGGUGAUCUACAUGACCAACCUCGCCGUGGCUGAUCUUCUCUACGUCCUGGCCCUGCCUCUGCUCAUCAUCAGCAACUCCAUGGGAGACAUGUGGCCGUUCGGCAACAUCAUCUGCAAAAGCGUCAGAUUCUUCUUCCUGGUCAACCUCCACUGUAGCGUCAUGUUUCUCACCUGCGUCAGCGUUCACCGGUUCCUUGGAGUGUGCCACCCCAUCGUCUCUGUGCGCCUCAGGACCAAAAAACUCGCCCUCUAUACGUCAGCGUGCGUUUGGAUACUGGCCAAUGCAGAGGUUAUACCCACACUUGUGUUUACGCACACGGGUGUGAUCAAUAACAUGACUGUGUGCUUUGAAAUGACCAACCCGGGGGGCUUUAAUGCCUAUUUUCCAUAUGGACUGUUCUCAUCCCUAGCGUUUCUGAUCGAAUUCUUAGUCACCGUCACCUGUUACUGCGCCAUGAUCAGGACGCUCGGGGUCACGAACUGCAUCUCCAAUGUAAAGACUGCGCGUAUGCGUAAAAGGUCCCUCCACACUCUCUUAGUUGUGUCUGUGGUGUUUGUGGUUUGUUUUCUGCCUUAUCACAUUGCGCGCACUGUCUACUUGUUUGUGAGAGCUUACACGCCACUAAACUGUUCUCUGCUGAACGUGGCCAUGAUCUGCUACAAAGUCUGGAAACCGGUGGUCAGUCUCAACUGCUGCGCAAAUCCUCUCCUCUACUUUUGCGGUUCUGGUCGGCACCGUCAGAGGCUCCGGGCCUGGCUGUGGAGGAGGAAGAGGAGAAUACAUCCCAGCGUGUGUCCGGUGGACGCAGAGAGCACAAAGAGGUCCGCAGACUAGA